GGCCCUAAAUCUACAACAGGUACAGGUUCUGAAUCUCCUAUUGAGGAUGCAACAGGUACAAGCUCUCCAAUGAAGAAAACUCUUCCAGAUUCACAGUCUCCUCUUCGAAAAUCUCAGCGUAUUAGUAAUCAAGUUGUUUCAAAGGAGAAUAAGAAGUGCAAGCUGAUGGAUAUUACCGGAAGGAAGCGGGUAGUUGCUGAAGGACGAUGGGUUUCAAAUGACCCAGAUAUGAAGGUCCAUUUUGUUCCCUUGGGUUCUAAUGGAGUUAAGGUGUGGGUAGAUAUCGUGAAGGUAAGUGAUGCAGCAGUUUGGAGGCCAUCUGAUGAAAUUGUGACUUUGGAAGACGCAUUUGGCACAACUCUUGCAUGGCCAGAUGACAAGGUGAUCAUGUGUUAAACUUCUGCUUGGACAUGAGACUUGGUUUAAUUUAGUAUUCUGUGUUUAGUAUUCAAUGCUGCUUUUGGUACAACUACUCCUUGGACAUGAGACUUUUUUUUUUGUAUUCUGUGUUUGGGCUUCUGUAAUAUAUGGAUGUUGGAUUGUUAUCAAUGGGGAUUGUCAGUACUUUUAUAAAA